AACACAAUUGGCCCACUCUCGCUCUCAAUGUUACUCUUGUACCAAUGGCUCUCUUGGUGUUUGUGGUAUGCGCCUUAAAUGUCGGUCAAUGUAUUGCCGAAAUGUCAAAGGCAUUCUUUAGUAUCGGUGUAGAUUUAACGGAGAGAACAACUUAAUAUUAAGCAAAAACGAACGAAACAACUAAAUAGACUAUAAUUUAGGAAGAACAAUCAAAUAACUAUAAAUUGAGGAAAAAUGGGAUAAAUUGGAAAAUUUUGAAAGAAAAGAAAAUAACUACAAGAAGGAAAAUGUGUUAAAAAAAUGUGCAACAUAUCUGUGAAAUGAAUAAAAAUGUUGCCGAAGGCUAAUAAAAAAUGGGAAAAAGUGGUUGGGGUACCACAAUUUUAAUCGGUCAUCCUAAGAACAAAACGAAAAAAGUCUUUAGACACACACAUCCACACACGACGACGAAAAAGAAGUCCAAUAUUGGUGUUAAAAGGACAUUUUCAUGCCAAAGAAGGAACGAACAGAGAAACAAUCGUCAGCAAAAGGAAAGGGAUUUAAGAAUGUAGAACUUUUCAAGCAAAAAUUUAAGCAAGAAAUUCUGUGAUACGUCGGUCGGUCGGUCGGGCGGUCUAUGUGUGAAAUUCCAAGACCCAAGCAAGAAAAAAAAAGAGAAAUAGAUAUGUGACAAAAAUUUAAUAUUUAGAAAAAAAUACCAUAUGUACCGCUGUACUUAUUUGAGAAACACAUACCCAAGCAAUUGAAUGUAAUUAGAUAAAGGGGAAACCACCCCUCCACCCCCUAGUAAAAUAUAACUUUGUGCUUUAGUUUCAAACGAAUAACACCAAUUUUUGUAGUUCGUUAUAAUAUUUAAUAAACAAAAGACUAGAAUAAUUAAAGAAAAUAUAGACAUAGCUAUACAACAUACAUACCUACAUACAUAAGUUAGAGUAAAUAAUAUUUCGAUUGAAGUAACUAAAACUGGUCACGGGUAAAGAAUUGCAACAAAAACAACAGCCGAUAACCAUAACGAAUAAUCAUUUAGGGAAUUUAUUAAAACAAAUUUAAGUGAAAUAAACGCAAAAACAAUAGUUCAAUGUUAGUCCAAAUUUAAAUAAAAAAGUUCUACUCCCACAACGUGAAGUGUCAAAAAAAAAGUACAGACCACUAAUAAAUAGAAAAUCCAAUAGCCAAUUCCACAAUUCCAAAUCCAUAACUCUAUUACGCAUUAAAAUACUAAAAGGAUACCAAAAAACAAGAAAAGGAGCAGAAGAAGUCAACAUUAACCGCAAAAUAAAUAUAUUAUAGACUCCGAGAAAUACGCAUCACAAUAACAAUUUGAAUACAAAGAAGAAAAAUACUGCCAAAACAAAAAGAAAAUACCAUUGAAAUUUCCUCAAAACAAACUGUGUCAAAUAUUAGCUUUGGGUCCUUUUGUCAAUCGUUCUCGUCUCUCUCAUACCAUUUAUGUCACAAACUCUCAUACGCACAUUAUUUCCCUGCAAAGUGGUAGCUCUCAGUGGUCUCACAAUUCCAAAAACUUUCUCUCUCUCUCUUUUCUCUGAGUGUGAUUUGUGCUCUCAAUAAAAAUGCCAAUGGCUGUGUGUGACACUAAAACAAAACAAAAGAUUUAUGUCAACUAAAACACACAUGUACUCCAGAAAAAAAGGUAAACAAAACCAGAAAAGCUCUCAGCAUUGUUUCCCGCUCGCUUUCAGCAAUAAACAAACGGGAGAGAAAAUACAACAGAACUGUCAGAUUCGAGGGUAAACAAAACACUUAAAUAAAGUCAUCAUUAAUAAUUUAACAAUAAAUUAAAAAUUCUUUAUAAAUAAGGAAAACUCUCUCUCUCUUAACUUUCUCUCUGAAUAACAACAAUACAAUGUUCCAUGGACCAAAUAUAAUCCAAUAAAACAAAAAAAAAAAAAAAAACGAGUGAGAAUUUAACAAUGAAAUUUACAACAGUUAAUAAAUAAAAAAUAAAAAAAAAAAAUACAGACCUUAACAGUUCUUAAGUUCAAUUAAAGACAUAACACCAAUUUAAAUAUUUAACCGAAAAUUAUUGCAAACCGCGAAAAAGUAGAGAAUUCCAAAGUCAAAGAGGAAACGCAAAAAAAGGCCGCCAUUUGUUUACGAAUACACAAAGUAAAUGGAAUUUGUGCAAAAGCUUCUUCUUAAAGGAACUCCACUAAACUUAAAGCUUCUUUUACUGCUGAAAGCUUAACGAUAAGAAGGCAACACCAUAACAAGGACCAAAACCGGAAAAAGGAUGCUGACAACAACAAAAACAUAUACAACAACUACUUAAACUAAGAAAAGUCUAGCAAAGCUUUAGAACGAAAGCUCUGACAACAUUACUCGAAUUAACUUUCCUAUAAAUAAAAGCUUCUACUUCUACUACUGUUAAUAUAAAGACAAAAACAAAAUUCUAGAGAUUUUCGUAACGGAAACUCAAAAAAAACAAAAAAAUAAAAUACUCCCACCAUUUACUUUAAAACCAAAAACUAAUUAGGAAAAAUUUAAUUAAAUUUGAAUAUUUUUUAAGAAAACAUAUCUCCAAAAUUUAAUCUAAAUUAACGAAGCAAAAUUUGACAAAAGAAGCAAACAAACCAAAACACCAAAACAAUCAAUUAAUUUGAAAAAAAAAACAAAACUUUAAAAGUUUAUAAAACAAACUUUAGAAAAAUAACAAAAAACAACCAAAAACACCAAUCAAGCAACUAUCGAGACUAAUCUUAAAUUAAAAAAAAAUUAUAUAAAGAUAAAUUAACAAAAAACAACAACAACAUGUCACAAAUACCCGAUGAUGCCAGCAGCAUGAGCGAUGAUGUCUUCGAGGAUCCGGAGACCACCCAGAGACGUGUGGAGGAGGCCAGACGCCGCAAGGAACAAGAACAGGAACAGUAUAGCUAUACUCGCGGCUCCGGCUACUACGGCGAUGGGGCAUUGGCCUCCUCCGAAUACUGUCGAUCCCAGGCACCCUCCGGCUAUCCAGGCUAUAGGCCACCGAGAGAAGCUUUACAAAUGUAUGCCUUGGAGGACGCUGGCUAUACAAUAGAAGAUUACGACGAUGGCUGGCGUUCGUAUCAUUACGAUGAGGUGGGCAUGUUCCAGCAACCGGUUCAUCAUCAGCCACCCUUCGAUGAUACGGUGAAUCACAAGACUAUUCUACUGGGCGAUUCGGGGGUGGGAAAAACCUCAUUCCUUGUCAAAUACAAUACAGGAGAAUUUCGUCUGGGUUCGUUUUCAGCCACCGUGGGUAUUGCCUUAACGAAUAAAGUGGUGGUUGUGGAUGGCACCCGAGUGAAAUUGCAAAUUUGGGAUACAGCCGGCCAGGAACGUUUUCGCAGUGUUACUCAUGCUUAUUACAGAGAUGCUCAUGCUUUACUUCUGCUCUACGAUGUUACCAAUAAAACAACCUAUGAUAACAUCAGAGCCUGGUUAUGUGAAAUACGAGAUUGUGCCCAAGAAGAUGUGGUUAUUGUUCUCAUCGGCAACAAGGCGGAUUGCAGCAGCAGCGACCGGCAAGUGAAGCGGGAAGAUGGCGAGCGCUUGGCACGUGAACACAAUGUACCCUUUAUGGAGACAUCAGCCAAAACCGGGUUGAAUGUGGAAUUGGCAUUUCAAACUGUUGCCAGGCAACUGAAAAGUCGCGGCUAUGACCAGGGUGAUGCGGGAAAAUUCAACGUACAUGACUUUGUCAGAGAUAAUACCAAGGCAAAAAGUAUAUGCGCUCAAUGUAAUUUUUAAACUAUUCCUGGAAUUUUAAGGAGAUAACAAAAAUUUCGUUCCGAAAGCAGAGCAGAGCAGAACAGCAAAAUUUUAAUCUGUGCUAAGGUUUCCCAACAAAAAACAACAACAACAAAAGCAGCAGCAAAAAAUAGAAAAUAAAUAUCCCAGAAAAUAAAAUAAUGAAGAUGAAACCAGAAUCCAAUCGCAAACAACCAACCAAAUUCCCACCCCAACCUCUAGAACUGAACCGACAAAAAAGAACAAAUGUGGAGCUGCUUUUUUUUUAAAUCUGACAUCUGUUAAUGCUUGGCAAUUGCCAUAAGAACCAAGAAAACCAACGUGGUAAUUUUUUGGCUUUAUUUUAAAAUGAAAAUUAUUUUUUCUUGUUUUAACCUGAAGGUAAAACCCCGACCAGUUGUUUUUUUUAUUGUUACUCUUCUCCAUUCAUUUGUUUUAACUUUUGAAGUUAUAUUUAAUUCUGUUUUUCUGUUGUUGUUUUCGUUGCUGUUUUGUUUUUGGUAAAGACAUUUUGAUUUUGUACUUCUCCCAACCUGGAGGCUUCACACAACAACAGCCAGCCGUUUGCAUCCUGGAGCCUUAAUUCAUGAAUUUUUUGUUUUUUUGGCAAACGGAGAUAAAGAAGAAGAGGCAACAAAGAAACUCUACAAAUGAAUUGUUUUUUGUUAUUUAUAGCCCGGCCACCUGGAAUAGUAGUUUGAGUUAAGGCUCGUGUGCGUUCUCUGUUUUUUUUUUAUACCCUCCACCAUACUACGGAGGGUAUAUUAAUUUUGUCAUUCCGUUUGUAACUCCUCGAAAUACUCAUGUCAGACCCAACAAAGUAUAUAUAUUCUUGAUCAGCGUAAAAUUCUAAGACGAUUUAGCUAUGCCGUCUGUCUGUGUGUCUGUCUGUCUGCCUAUCUGUCUGUCCGUCUGUCUGUUGUAAUCACGCUAUCUUUCGAACAAAUUGAGAUAGAAGGCU